UGUCACUACAAUCCGCUCAACAAACAGGUAUAUUCCGUCAUUAGGAUUGAACAGAUUAUUCUAAGCGACGAAAAUAUCCCCGGAUUUCCCACAACAGCUCCAUAAACGUCUCAGGGCAAUGCUGUCUUUUCAUUAGCAAGCCUCGCCAUUUCUUUCGUCCACAGAAGAUAACAAGUUCGCGACGUGACAAAAAUGACACCCAGUUUCUCAUAACAGCUCACAAACCGAAAGGGCAUAUUAGUCUUUCUGAAAAUCACCCUUCUCUUCUCCUCCUCUAUAUGUCCUUAAUUGUUUCUCGCUAGCUGCAACGGAUUCACUUGGCUCUCUCUCUCUCUCUCUCUCUCAUCCAUGGCUCUGCAGACUGCUGCUGCUCUCUCUCCUCGCUCCAUUAGCUCCUCAACGACUUUACCCUGCGCCGCGAAGCAUCCGAUCAUUUAUUCUUCUACUUCAAGUUCAAGCUGCUUCCUCUCGCCGUCGCAGAGGAAGAAUGUGGCAGUGGGCUUGAGUGGUGUAACAACCAGUAAGAGGAAGCGGGCCUGGGCCUCUACGGUGAAGUCGAGCUUGGACACCGUAGGCCCCACUGUCAAUGUGGGUCAGGUCACGGAGGUUGACAAGGACACCUUCUGGCCCAUAGUCAAGGCCGCCGGCGAUAAGACCGUCGUCCUCGAUAUGUACACGCAAUGGUGUGGUCCUUGCAAGGUGAUUGCUCCAAAAUAUCAAGAAUUGUCAAAGAAAUAUCUUGAUGUUGUAUUUUUAAAGCUUGACUGUAACCAAGAAAAUAAGCAGCCAUUGGCAAAGGAGCUUGGGAUAAGGGUGGUGCCAACUUUCAAGAUUUUGAAGGACAACCAGGUUGUAAAAGAAGUGAAGGGGGCCAAAUUCGAUGAUUUAGUUGCUGCCAUAGACGUUGUUAGAUCAAGCUGAAACGCCUUAAAUUUUUCUCCAUGAGAUGAGAUGUUAAUAAGGCAAGGAAAAACGUCUGUUUGGAACUCUGACAAUUAUUCUACUUGUAUCUAUGUAUCCAUGUGACGCUUCCUUUGCAAUUCUAGUUAGAACUUGAAAGCAGAAGAGCUGCAACCAUAAUCUGCUUCAUAGAAAGAGAUUCCAGCAGGAUGUUAGAGACAACAUGUUGGAAAAGAAAAAGAGUGAAACAGACAAGGAAAGGAAGCCAGAUGACACGUGAAAAAA